AUGGAUGGAUAUAUAUGUGAAAAACGUAAGGUUAAAAGUAAAAAUGAAAAGGACGGAGAUUUAGAUCGUGGGUCACAAAAGAAGACAAAGAAAAAAAAGGAAGAAACGAAAACUGGAUGA